AUGGAAGACAGAUGUAAAUCGAUCAACAUGGGAACCUCUGGAGAAAAAGAUAAAGUGUUAUGUGAAUUGAGUGAGUCGGACCACUUACAACACCCAAAUGAUCUAAAACCGAUGGCAGGCUUUAUGUAUAGGGGCACAGAGAACAAGUGUUGUUUCAACAUGUGCUACAACAAUGCAACUUGCCUGGUUGGAUUUACGGACAAGGGAUACAAGUGUGUGUGUCCACCUGGUUACACGGGAGACCACUGUGAAAAAGAUGUAGACGAGUGUACCUCCAAUACCCACAACUGCGACGUCAAUGCUGAGUGCAACAAUACCGAAGGUUCUUUUAACUGCAGCUGCAAGGUUGGGUUUAAUGGCGAUGGCAAAAAAUGCACAGCAUUCAAGGCCGUUUUUACAAACCUCAACGCCCGUGGAAAAUUUGGUCCAACAACGCUGGGCAGUCACUACACAGGACAGGAUCAUCACAGACAAGUUACACUGUCCCGCGGUGUUCAACAGUGGACUGUGCCAUACACUGGUGAAUACAGAAUAGAAGCAAUAGGAGCUUCAGCAGGGUAUGAUCCAUACUUUAAAAGUGCUAAGUACCGAGGAAGAGGAGCGAGAAUGGUUGGAUCGUUCCCCUUAAAUAAGGGUGAGGUCAUUCGGAUACUUGUCGGUCAAGAAGGAGGAAGAAACAAGAAGGAUCGCUCUUCAGGAGGUGGUGGAGGUACAUUUGUGGUGAGGAGAGCCAACACACCUUUGAUAAUAGCAGGAGGCGGAGGAGGGGUAAGUGCAAUUAGGUCAAGACGCAAAGGAUGUGACGCGAACACAAACACAGAAGGGAAUUCUGGACACAAAUCAAGGUCAGGGGGAAGGAAUGGACAUGGUGCACGGACUACUGGUGAUAGUAAAACUUUAGCUGGUGGUGGUGGCGGGUUUUACUCCAGUGGAAGCUAUGGAAGACAUAGAUAUGGUGGAGAAGGUGGUAAGGGAUUUAAUCAGGGAGGGGUGGGUGGAAGAGCCAGGUAUAACUUUGCCGAUGGAGGGUUUGGCGGAGGUGGUGGAGCUUAUGGAUCUAAAGGAGCAGGAGGAGGAGGAGGAUACUCUGGGGGAGGCGGUGGAUGGAAAACUUUUGAUUCUUGCGCGGGUGGGGGAGGCUCCUACAACAAUGGAAGCAAUCAGGACAAUGAAUGUUGUUAUAAAACCGCUGGUCAUGGUCAAGUAACUAUUACAUUCCUGGAGUAAACAAAGUUUAUCUAACGAUACUGACUCGGAUAGCGCUCUAAACGUUGAAAAGGAUCUUUUUUCCAGUUCAAAAGUCAAAUAGGGAUCUAAAACUUGAGAUAACAAAGCUUUUUUUUUUCAGAAAUCGAAUCACACUCUUUCACCAGGGUUAUGUAGAAAGAUCACACUAUCACACAGACCAAUCAUCACACUGUGCAACCUAAAACG